AAUUACCACAUCCGACGUGUGGUUAAAUGUCAAGUGAUGGUGUUGUUAAUGCGAACGGGGAGACGCGCUGCUACGGCGGUGUUACGCGUAACGUCCAGCACACACAGAUAAGAAGUACUACCAUUGGAAUGAAUGAAAGUAGAUAAAUACGUUUUUGUUUUCUUUUAUAAAAGCGUCCGUGUCGCUUUGUUUCAUUAGCACGGUAAAUUGUUCGAUUACCGUGGUUUAAACAUAAGGCUUUUUUACAACGUAUUUGCUUUUGACCACUAACAGACACGAUCGAUAUGAUUUGAUAAAUGUUUCUUUCGUAAAAAUAAAAAAAUAAACAGUUGAAGAGCAGUGAACUAAACAUGCAGUGACGUUGUCCAACAAUGUUAUGGUUCCUGGCUGUGACGUAAUACACAAAAACAUGGUUCCCUUGUUUUGAACCCGAAAAGCGUGCUAAGUGCUCCUUUAACUUGGCCGCGCGCGGAGAUGCGUUUCCGAAAGCGAGCGACUGGAAAACACCGAUAGGAGACGAUGGCCCAGGCCGUGGAAACGUGCGCUGCACCCGGACGCAGGCUGCGCUCCAUUUGCCGAAGGUUGUACGACGAAAACGAGGAUCUGUCCGACGUUGAAGAAAUUACAAACAUCCGAGGUUUCAGUGUGGAGGAGAAGCUCGUCAGUGACAGUUACAGCGCCACGUUUGUGCACUUCAUGGAGGGUAAAGACUUCUCUUAUGAAUAUGUGCAGAGGGAUGCUCUCAGGACCCCACUCAUCUUCAAAGAGAAAGAGGGACUCGGGCUCAGAAUGCCCGAUCCAGAAUUCACAGUCAGUGAAAUUAAGGGCUUAGUUGGGAGUCGCCGGUCCGUGGAUGUUAUGGAUGUGAGCACUCAGAAAGGCUCUGAAAUGAGCAUGUCUCAGUUUGCCCGUUAUUACGAGACACCGGAGGAAGAGCGGGACAAACUGUUCAACGUCAUCAGCUUGGAGUUCAGCCACACUAAACUGGAGAGUCUCAUCAAGCGUCCCACAGUGGUAGAUCAAGUUGACUGGGUGGACAACAUGUGGCCUCCUGAUCUGAAGCAAAGCCAAACAGAAGCCACCAAUGUAAUCUCAGACAUGAAGUACCCAAAAGUGCAAAGAGUGCUGCAUACAGUCGGUGUUAUCCAUCUCAUGUACUGUUUGAUGAGCGUGAAGGGCUGCUACACAGACUUCCACAUCGACUUUGGUGGAACCUCCGUCUGGUAUCAUGUAUUCAAGGGUCAGAAAGUGUUUUGGCUCGUGCCUCCGACCCCCCAUAACCUCGCCCUCUACGAGGACUGGGUCCUGUCAGGCAAGCAGAGUGAUCUCUUCCUGGGAGACCGAGCCGACGGAUGCCAGAGAGUGGGACUUGAGCAGGGAUACACGUUCUUCAUCCCAUCGGGCUGGAUUCAUGCCGUCUACACUCCAGUGGACACUCUGGUAUUUGGAGGCAAUAUUCUGCACAGCUUCAACAUUCCUAUGCAGCUUACCAUCCAUGAGAUAGAGAAUAGGACCAAGGUCCAUUCCAAGUUCCGUUUCCCCUUCUACUUUGAGAUAUGCUGGUAUGUCCUGGAGAGAUACCUGCACUGCCUCACCAAGCGCUCGUACUUCUCCCAGGAGCUCCACAAAGAGCCGGUGCUGACGGACUAUGAGACAAAGGGAAACACACAGAGCCCGUCGUCCGACACCAGGAGCCGGGACACGAACGAGGACUCGUGUGAUACCCGAGUCAGGGAGGGCCAGGGGGACAAACCAGAGAAGGCUGCCCAGGAGGGCCCCUGCUGUCCUGACAGCCAGAGGAGCCAGCACCUCAAGGCUGUUCUCUCCGUCCACUCCGAGGACAGCUGUAAUCCCGGCUCCGCCCCUCUGGAGUCCCCGCAGACGCCCUCGGACUCUUCGGGCUCGGAGGCAACAAAUAAAUGGAUGCAUUUGACCGAGUUCGAGCUGAGCGGACUCAGGAAGCUGGUUGAGAAGCUCGAGUUGCUCCCUGAAAACAAAAAAUGUGUUCCCGAGGGAAUAGAGAACCCCCAAGCUCUGCUGGAAAACAUGAAGGUUGUCUUAAAAGAACACGCUGAUGACGACCCCAAGUUAGCAAUCACUGGAGUUCCUGUGGUCUACUGGUCAACACAAAUGAAGCCGCGGCCUCCAAACCGGCCUAAACCUAAGAUGGCAGCUUCUCCUGCAUCAGCAGUCAAGCUGUCGGCCGGCCGGGGAACAUCUGGUGCCAGGAGGAGAAGGACGCGCUGCCGGAAGUGUGAAGCGUGCCUGCGGACGGAGUGCGGAGAGUGCCACUUUUGCAAAGACAUGAAGAAGUUUGGUGGGCCGGGCCGCAUGAAGCAGUCCUGCAUCAUGAGGCAGUGCAUCGCACCCGUCCUGCCGCACACAGCGGUGUGUCUCGUCUGUGGAGAGGCAGGGAAAGAGGACACAGUGGAGGAUGAGGAGGAGAAGUUUAACCUUAUGCUCAUGGAGUGCUCCAUCUGCAAUGAGAUUGUUCAUCCUAACUGUCUAAAGGUGAAAGACUCAAACGGAGUAGUCAAUGAUGAAUUGCCAAACUGCUGGGAGUGCCCAAAGUGUAAUCAUGCUGGGAAAACAGGAAAAGCCUCAAAGCAAAAAAGGGGGCCAGGAUUUAAGUAUGCCUCAAACCUUCCCGGUUCGCUGCUGAAAGAACCGCGGCUAAACCGGGACUCAAAGGAGGAUCCCGACCCGCCGUUGUUGGCCACAGCAACCGUCAACGCUUUGACCGCCGCGUCUGCCGUGAAGAGAAAAGCGGAGCGGGAGGAAAUCCCUAAGGCGAGAGAGGAAGAACCGGCAAAGAAACGUCCUCCGCUGCUGUCCCUGGACGCUGUGCUCCGACCGAGGCCAGAGGAAAACCCACUACGGAAAAAGAGGAAGCUUUUCGACACCCAUGAUGAACCUGUAAUGGUGAAAAAGAAGAAGAAGCUUUUAAAACCUGACGAUCCUUUGACUCUCAAGCUGUUGCGUCAAAUCAAGACGGAAAACGAUCAGGGCGAUGAAGAAGAUGACCUGGAGGAUCACAAAGAAGAUGGAUUCCCUUUGGGCAGGGUUUAUUUAAAGGGUAAAGAUGAAUAUGACGAAGAGGACCAAGCACAGGACAACGAGGGACGGGGAGAGAAGACAGUGAAAAAAGAGAGAGACAGCAGCGGUGCAGAGGACAAAGCCACGGUCCUGUUAAGUCCACUGCUAAGAACAUCUGCAGCCAGAGACGGCGAACAGUCCUCCAGCUCUCCCACAGCGGCACCGAGCAGCGACUCGGGAGACGCAGAGGAGAGGAGCUCCAAGCUGAAGGCUCGCCAUCAGCGGCGACGUCUCCCCAGCAGAGAGCUGAGCAAGGAGUUCAACCGAGAGAUCCCCAAGACGGAAGAGUGCCUCCCCGACCAAAACCACGGCUCGGUGAAGGCCGAGGAGGGCUCAGCCAAUCACAAUCGACGACCACUGAAGAACGAGGACCCCGUGACCAAUCAGGACCGUAAGCCAUUGAAAACGGAGGAGUCGCCCGCCGAUCAGAGCCGCAGGGCCCUUAAAACGGAGGAGGGCUCGGGCAACCACAACAGACGCCCGCUGAAAACGGAGGACGGCGCGGCCAAUCAGAACCACAGGCCCGUGAAAACCGAGCCCGAGGGCGAGGUGGAGGACCAGAAGCCCCGAUGGCCUCUCAGCAGCAACGGCAGCGGCGCCCUGGGCGACUGGCUGCGACCCCGCGAGAGGGAGGCCGACGAGGCGCCGCGCGGCUUCUCGCCGCCGGGCUGGAACCGAAGCGCGCCAAUCGCGCCCGCCGCGUGGCCCCGUCCGCUCCCCUGCCGGUCGCCGCCGAAAUGCGUCCAGAUGGAGCGCCACGUGAUCCGGCCCCCGCCCAUCAGCCCCCCGCCCGAUCGGCUCCCGCUGGCCGACGGCGAGGCGCACGCCAUGCGAAGGGAGAUGUGGAUGACGGUGUUCGGCCACCUGGCUCACAGGGACCUCUGCGUGUGCAUGCGCGUCUGCAGGACCUGGAACAGAUGGUGCUGCGACAAGAGGCUGUGGAAGCGCGUCAAUCUGAACCGCUGCAAGUCCAUAACGCCCCUCAUGCUGAGCGGCAUCAUCCGGAGGCAGCCGGUGGCUCUGGACCUCAGCUGGACCAACAUCUCCAAGAAGCAGCUCGGCUGGCUCGUCAACAGGCUGCCAGGUUUGCGUGUGCUGCUUUUGUCAGGCUGCUCCUGGGUGGCGGUCUCUGCUCUUUGCACGUCCAGCUGUCCUCUCCUGCGAACUCUGGACGUCCAGUGGGUCGAGGGACUGAAAGACGCCCAAAUGAGGGACCUGCUGUCGCCUCCUACAGACAACAGGCCAGGUCAGCUGGACAACAGGAGCAAACUGCGUAACGUGGAGGAGCUGCGCCUGGCGGGCUUGGACAUCACGGACACGUCUCUGCGCCUCAUCAUUCGCUACAUGCCGUCGCUGUCCAAGCUGGACCUCAGCUACUGCAACCACGUCACCGACCAGUCCGUCAACGUGCUGACCGCGGCGGGGACGACCACCAGGGACUCUCUCACUGACAUCAACCUGUCGGUCUGCAACCGGGUCACAGACCAGUCGCUGACCUACUUCAAGCGCUGCGGGAGCGUAUGUCACAUCGACCUGCGCUACUGCAAACAGUGCCCUGUUUUCUGUUCGGACGAAGGUACUGUAUAUUUUUGUUCUCCAUGUGAUACAAUUUGCACUAAUACAGUAAGUCUGAAUACAUGAAUGUAUUCACAUACACUUUACAGUCUAUAAAGCUUUUUCUUUUUCCAACACUAAAAUGUUCUGCUAAUUCUACUAACAGCUUAUAGUUAACUGGGUUGCAUUAAGACACAGCUUUAUACAAACGUCUGUGCCAGUCUCUGUUGCAUUUUAGUAUCAUUGGUGCUUUGUAGGUACGUCUGUUAGCUCUGCAUGCAGCAAAGGCACAUGUUUACACCACAGUCAUUACCUUUAGUAACCGAAAUAUAAUCAUCCGUUCACUCCUGUCAGCUGAACUCAUGAAAAAAAAUCAGUACUGAAUCCUGCAAGAAAUAAUGAAGCAACAAUUAACAGAAUAAGAACAUUCGCGUAAGUCUUUAUAGAUGAGGCAGUUUUCCCCCCAUUUGACAGAAGUGAUGUUUAAAUCCAUCAAACAGGCCAACAGGUUGAAAUACAUGUUUUAAUGUAUAGUUUCCAAAUUCUCAAGAGAUGAAUGUAUUUUAUUGAAAAGAUAUAAAGCCAGUAUUAGUAAAGCGAUCAAGUAAAAAAAAGUUAAAAAACGGUUUCUAUCCGGUAGGAAAUGGCAUCAUCAUCCCACUCGUCACUGAGCCUCAUAAAUAUGGCAUUGUUCCUGAAUUAUUUCUGUACACAUUUCUGUGAACCGUAAAAGUGAUUUUGUUUGUUCUUUUUUCCGUGUGAGGGAUUCCACUGAAGUGUACAUUUGUUAACACUGGUUAUUCAUAUCGAAUCAUCUUUUAUAUUUACUAAGUACUUGUCAACCAAGUGCACCAGUUAAUAGCAAAAUAGUUUAAUAUACAUCUAUUCAUCACAAUAUCUAAAGUUCUAUAUAAAAGCUCAUUUCAAUAUUGGAACUUGUCUAUCUGAUGCCGCGCUCAAACCUUUUUAAAGAGUCUUUUUGACAAGCACUUGAUACGGUUCAGUGGAUGAGUUUACACUUACCUUUUAUCCGUUUCUAUUAAAGCAACAUCUCGUCAUAAAAGAGUUUAGUACAUUACUGUAAAUGUUCAAUCUGUACAUGGUGUACAUGUAAAGCCUCUAGGAAAAGUUAGGUCAGCCUUGAGAUAUUAAAUCCAUUUUAAAUACUGA